AUGGCAGCGGACACCCGACGUUUCCACCCGCGGUACACGCGACCGACGAAUGGCGCGAUCCUCGAAACGGUGGACGCGGUGCGCUUCCGGGUCGAGCUCGAGGAUCUCGCCGUGUUGUCGACGUACUUCGAGAACUAUGCGGCGGCACGAGUCGCGAAACCGAUCCAACUCGCGCUCAUAUCGUCCGAGACGCUCCUGUUCACGCUCGACCUGCUGACAGGCAGUCUCGGCGGCGGGCGCGCACCACGUGUGCCGGAGCUGACCGAGGAGUUUCUGGACGAGCUCGUGUCGCUCACGUUCAUCUACCAGCUGUGCGGUCCGCUGGCGUACGUCGCGCGCGAAGCCGCCGGCCCGCGCCCACACCUCGGCCGCUCGCACAACCCCGUCAUCGCGUACACGCUCAUGUCGCUGUAUCAGCGCUGGGUUGCGCAGAACUCGCCCCACCUCGCCGCUCAGCUCGAGAAGGACGCCGCCUGCCGUACGCCCAUUCUCGGCAUAGGGUUCCACGAGAAGGACUUCGCGGGCUGGCCGCAGCGCGCGCUCCAAGAGUAUCACCCCGUUGCGCUACGGGCGAUGCGCGCCGCUCUCGCCCGUCGGCGCGAACUCGAGACACGACUGGACGCGAUCGAUGCACUCCCGCUCGAGGAUGAGGGACCGUGUCGGAUCUGCAACGUGAGCGAGGAGGAGGUCAACGGCACGUUAUCGUCGGAUGACGACGAUGAGGAUGGAGGAGACGGAUACGUCCACGUCGAGACGGAGGGGGAGCGCUGGCUGCGCCGCCGGCAGCGUGUGCUCGGCCCGCGGCUUGCGAAGCUCGAGAAGAUGAAGGACGCCGCCCUGGUCGCGCACCUCGGCUACUGCUGCGUGCGCUGUGCCGCCUGCCGAUCCGUCGUGCGUGGCAUGCUCCUGCGCAUGUGGACGUACGGCGCGCUCGACGAGUGGCGGUUGAGCUGGCACUUCGACACCGAGUUCAAGUUCCCGCAAGAGCAGCUCGACACGGUGGGGCACGACUGCGCGGACCCGAGCGAGCCGUGUCUCGACGCUACGGCUUACGGACGCAGUCGCAAAGCGGGCUACCGAGACGGCAGCCCUGACGACGCCAGCAGUAGCGACGGGACCGAGAAGCCAUGCAGUGUUGCCAGCGUCGCCAGUGAUGCCAGCUUCGCGAGCGCCGCGAGCGGUGACACGGCCAAAGGCGUCGCCACGUCGCGUGAAGCGAGCGGGCAAGACACGGACGCGCACAGCACGCACAGCACGCACGCCAAGGACCGCGUCCUGGACGAUCACUACGAUCUGUACCAGGCGGGGCUUGUGCCCCCGGGCUCCAUGAAGCCUUCCUCGACCAAUUCCCAGCACGCUCAGCAUGACGAGAACGGGAGCAUCAAGAGCGGGCGCUCCGGGCGGUCGCUGCAGGCGCCGAGCUUCGCCUCCCAGACGACGAGUCAGGAGUCGGAGGGGCCGUUCCGAUACGACGACGACGGUCUCGACACGACCGACUCAGAGAGCAGCUACGGGCAUCUCCCUGAGAGUGACUCAAUGGAGGAGCUUGACGAGCACUACGACCGCUUCGAGGGGCAGUAUGGUGGAUACAAUGACGAGGACGACGAUGAGGACUCGUUCGGCCACGGUAGCGGCCACAACAACACUCCCAGCCCGACUGGCACGGUCCGCGUGCUCGGCACACCGACCAAUAUCCUCGGCGUCAUCACGGAGACGGAGGAGGAGUACGAGAGCUCAAGGGAGAGCUUUGCUAGUAACAGACAGCUCAGCCCGAAUCCCAUCGGCACGUGGCUAGAGAGGGAGGAGAGCGACACGGAGGAGAACGGAGGCGACAUGCCCGCCAUUGUCAUCACGGGCACAGAGGGGGAGAGGGCGCUCGUGUAA